GAAAACCCUAGAUAGGUUGUUUUGAGCUAGCUGCUCAAGAUUGUUGUUCGGUUGUCUGAUCGAUAACUGAGACAGCAUUGGAAAAGUCGUGAACAGUCUCACUUCAAUGGCAAAUCGAGUUGAUCAUAAGUUCGUCUGGGUGAUAAAGAACUUUUCCUCUUUGCGUGAGAAUCUUUAUUCUACUCCAGUCCAGAUCGGUGACUGCAAAUGGUGUCUAUCUGUAUAUCCCAAGGGAGCAUUUAACACUGAUCACUUAUCUCUGUUUCUGGAAGUUGCUGAUUGUGAAUCAUUACCUUCUGGAUGGAGAAGAUUUGUAAAAUUUGGGCUAACUAUAGUAAGACAAGUUUCAGAAGAACCCUCAGUACUCAAAGAAGCACAUCGCUGGUUUGAUCAAAAGCAUUACAACUGGGGUUUUCGAACUAUGAUUCCUUUAGCCAAAAUCCACGACAAUAAUGAAGGAUACCUUGUAAACGACGAACUCAUGGUAGUGGCCGAGAUAGAUGUUCUUCAAGUUGUUGGCACCUUAGAGAAAUCUGAAGAGACAAAUCCUCUGAGUAACGUAAAGCGGGUAAAAUAUGUGAGCUCGGCACAAGACAGUGUAGUAGAGUUUCGUGCAAGGAACCAACAUCUCAAGACUGCAUGCACAAAUGUCUUGCUCAGCCUAACUCAGACGCUUUGCCAAACACCUCAGGAGCUUUCCAUUGAUGAUAUUGUGGAAGCAGAGAAAGCACUGGCUUACAUGAAAGAUUCUGGCUUGGAGGUGGAUUGGUUGGAGAAGAAGCUUAAGGAAGUAAAGGAAAAGAAGAGCUGUCUGGUUGAAGUAAAAGGGAAAAAAUAACAGGUUGAGUUACACGAGUUACAACUCGUAAACUGAAAAAAAAAAAACAUUUUUCCAUAUGAAUUGGUUUAAGCUUGUUUAAUUCGAUUAAACAUGCUUGAAUUCAGUUUUUAUUUUAUUUUAUUUGAUUCGUCUC